GACCUGGGGGUGACGGCGGCGCUGGCGUUCCUGUGGCUGGUCAGCUCCUGCGCCUGGGCGGCCGCGCUGGCCGAGGUCAAGGCGGCCACGGCGCCCUCGGGGGUGCUGGCCCAGGUCGGGGGGUGCCAACGCCCGGGGGCGCGCUGCCAGGCGCUGGGGGCACCCCGCACCUCGGGGCUCAACACCUCCGUGGUGUUCGGCUUCCUGAACCUGGUGCUGUGGACGGGGAACCUCUGGUUCGUGUUCAAGGAGACCGGCUGGGGGGGCCUGGGGGCCCGCGCCCCCCCCCCGGGGGGGGUCCCCGAAAAAGCCCCGGCCCCAGAAGGGGGGUACGGCCCCCCCGAGGGGGGGUACGGCCAGCCUGGGGGGGGCUACGGCCAGCCCGGGGGGGGCUACCAGCCCGACUACGGCCAGGGGGGCUACGGGGGACCCCCCUCAGAGGGGGGGUACGGCCAGGGAGCCCCCACGUCCUUCGCCAACCAGAUGUAG